AUGAUGGCCAUCGAUUGCUCGACAAAUGAGCUUGUGCGUGUCGUGCCUAUUGGAUUUUUCACCGUUCUGAUCGACCGCCCUGGACAGAACCCGAUGACCGAGUUUGACUGGGCCUGCAUUUAUACCACUGACACCUUGAACAUGCUGACCGAUGACUUUAUGCGCUACAGGGACGCCGCUGACGUUGCCCGCAACCUCGAGACCCAGUCAUUCCUCUGGGAGUUAGUUACGCCGUUUCCUGUGACAAUUUCACAGGCUAAGGAUUCCGCCCCAGAACCGUAUGUCAAUGCUCUUCAGAUCCCUCGCCCUGGUAGCCUGGCUCGUAUGAACUCUCGGAUUCCGGUGCGUCCUCACCCUCCUCCUCUUGUCGAUACUUAUGUAGCCUAUAACCGGCCAGUGACUGGUCCUUAUCCACCUGCUUUGCCCCCUCGACCUGUGCCUGAGUCUGAGGUUGUAUCGGAGCCUGUGUCCCCUAUAGGUGCUCAACAUAUGGGUCUUUAUAGAAACCCCAUCAUGAAUCUUCGGUAA